AUGCCGAUACUGUCGUUACCUAGUUCUACAACGAUUCUCUUCCUUAUAUUCAGGGUUAGUGAUUUCACAACAUUUUCUUUCACUUCACCAGUGCUUCGAGACGGAAGGGAGGCACGACGAACACUGACAAACUUGAAGUCCACAAAUGGACUGGAUGUGGAUGCUUCAGCAACCUUUAUAAACGUUUUUACAACUGUGGAGACAAACGAUGAGAUUGGUGAUUCCUCUGGCUCUUCUGCCUCUAUCAAGAAAAUGCUCUCGACAUUUGAAUAUGCUCCCAAUGGAGUUUGUGUGGAUCCUGAACUAUUUGUGCUAAAAGACAGUGACAAAACCGAACAGGGUGAUGGUAUCAAAAAGUGCUUUACAAUGCGCAACGUCCCAGGCAAUGGAGACUGUAUGUUUCUGGCAGUCGCACUGGCUGCUGCUACUAGCAUGGGAUUGGGAGGGAACGAUGCCUUGCUCGAAGCCAUUUCCAAGGAAACCCGAGAAGUGGUGGCACAAGUCUUGUCGUCUCCAAAUGGAAACCUACAUAUUGCAAAUGGACAGACAUGUAAAGCCCAAGCAUUGUUACAACAAGCGACCCGAGGAGAGGGCUUGGGAGAUGAUACCGAUCGAUACUUGGAACUAUUGAGAAAGCCAGGGGCAAAGGGUGGUAUCCAAGGAGGAGGGCCAGAAUUGACGGUUUUGGCCAAUGUCUUGCGACGGCCCAUAUCGAUUUAUGAGCUGGCUCCGCCCGUUGAUGACAUUGGCGAGAAGGAUCGCUUAGACUCUUCACCAAGCACUUACCCCAUCGUUUGCAAAGGUACCUUUGGAUUAGAUUUGUUUGCAGAUCCAUGUGCUACAAUACCCGAAUCAGCUGUCUUGUCGAAUGUUCAACCUGGAGCAUACAGUUGGCAACUGCAUAUCCUCAUCUUAGAUGUGUCUCCCAAUGGGAAUGAGAAGCACGCCUGUGUUUUGCUGCCACAGACUCCUAUAUGA